AUAUAUGAAAAUAUAUAAAUGAGAAUAUUUUUUCUUCUAUGUAGAAAUGCUUUGUGUUUACCUCGUGAAGUUUUAGAGUCGCGGGAGCACGUGUCGCCGAGCACCCCGGGUUGCACAAUGAGUUAUCUUCAGGUGGGCGACACCAGUGUGCGGGAUCUUUGGUUCAAGAUCUACACUGAUGACGAGAUCAAGCAAUUAUCAGUACUGAGGAUAUCUGAAGAUCAGUCCAUUAAUGAUCUUGGGCACCUGGUUGAUAAUGGAGUGUAUGAUCUGCACAUGGGACCAAUGUCGGAUCAGUUACGGAGUGUACAGGUAUGUAAAACCUGUGGCCAAGAAGGAGGAAAUUGCCAAGGCCAUUGUGGUCACAUAGAUUUGCAGUUACCCGUGUAUAACCCUUUCUUCUAUGAUGUCUUCAAGAAACUCCUCAAACUGAUAUGUAGUUCCUGCUUCAGAUUCCAAGCAGAUGAACACCAAGUAAUUACACUUAUUUAUCAAACCAAACUGUUGAGUGAAGGGUAUGGUCACGAGGCCCUUGAAGUGCAAGAUAUUGUUACACAAAUCAUGGCUAAAACAGAAGAGGCUCUCGAGGUAACAACCGGCGUAAAUGACAGAGAGAUCAAGGGAAGUGAAAAAAAUUAUGAAAAGAAAGGAUUUCUGCUAACCAUUGAUGAAAUACUGAAACAAUACUUAAAGGAUGUGAUUGAAGGGAGAACAUGUUGCAAUGAAACUUCGACAUCAAACAUCAAGGCUAUUCAAGACUCUAUCAUCAAAAAGUUCUUUCAAAGUUGUGGUGGUAAAAAGCUGUGUAAAUUCUGUAAUGAAGCUGUACUGAAACUCUCCUUUCAAAAUUCUCGCUUUAUGAAAGCUUCCUCGGCAAGUUUGAAGGGAAACAAGAAAAAAGGCAAGGAAAAAGAUGAUGAUAAAGAUAAUGAUAAAGAUGGUGAUAAUGAUGAUGCUAAUGUUUCAAACAAACUUGUUGUAGAUGGUCAGACAUACAUCACAUCUGAGCAGGCUCGAACAAUAUUGCGAAAGUGUUGGGCAGUAGACAAAGAGCUGCUUAGAUGCUUGUAUCCUACACUAGCCUCAUCAAAGUUGGAAUACCCCACCGACAUGUUUUUUAUCACUUCGCUCCUGGUUAUUCCUCCACGGUACCGCCCGUGUGCUAAACGGGAUGGUAUGACUGUUGAACAUGAAAGCAGUACUGUCCUAAAGAAAAUAGUGGGACUGUCCAGACUUCUACGCGUACUUCUCUCGAUUAUGCAAGAACCAAACACGGAGUUGUCCGAUGUUAUUAAGUACAGUAUAUCAGAGGUACCUGGAGAAACACAUGUUGAGAAGAUACAGAAUGUAUGGUACCAGAUGCAGGGGCUUAUUGACAAUAUCUUCGAUGCCAGAAUAAACUCCACAGUGAAUGUGACCUCGAAAGGCAUCCGACAGGUAAUAGAGACGAAGCGAGGUCUUAUUCGACAGAAUUUGAUGGGUAAGCGUGUGAAUUACUCUGCACGCUCGGUGGCUGCACCUGAUCCACUCUUAGCGGUUGAUGAAGUAGGAGUACCCAUGGACUUUGCUAUUAAACUUUCAUAUCCAGUUCCUGUUACUCCGUGGAAUGUAGAAGCACUGAGACGUCUUGUAAAGAAUGGUCCUCUUAAAUAUCCAGGAGCAGUAGCGGUGGAAGAUGAAAUGGGUAGACGACAACAUCUCAGAGUCAAUGAUGAAAAUCAGUGGAAUGCAAUUGCAAAGCAGCUCAUCACUUCAGCAGAUGGUGGCAUACAGAAAGUCAAUGAAUCCAAGAUUGUAUAUCGGCAUUUACAGGAUGGAGAUUAUGUUUUAAUGAAUCGUCAGCCAACUCUCCAUCGUCCAAGCAUACAAGCUCACCGUGCUCGUGUAAUGCCAAAUGACCGAGUUCUUCGUAUGCCAUAUGCGAACUGCAAGGCAUACAAUGCAGAUUUUGAUGGUGAUGAAUUAAAUUUACACUUUCCACAGAAUGAGUUAGCUCGGAGUGAAGCCCAUCACCUUAUAACUACACACAAUCAGUACCUCACACCAAAGGAUGGAUCUCCACUUGCAGGGCUGAUUCAGGACUGUGUUGUAGCAAGUGUUAUGCUCACUAUGCGUGGGAAAUUUUUUUCAAAGGAGGAUUACCAGCAGUUGGUUUACACAGGGCUGUCUGAUCAUAAGGAGAGGAUUAAAACACUUCCUCCUGCUAUUAUAAAACCCAAGGAGCUGUGGUCUGGCAAGCAGGUUAUCUCAAGUCUGCUACACAACAUCAUUCCACAUAACAUGGCUCUACCAUCUUUCACAUUCAAGACUUCUGUUAAAGUAGAUAUGUGGCAAACUGAUAAAUCAAGAGAAUGGAAAGCAGGUGGACUCCCAGAGAAGAGGCGUGAAACUAUGACAGAUUCUGAUUUUGUUAUACGUGAUGGAGAAUUGCUCUCGGGUGUUAUAGAUAAGAGUGCAAUUGGAUCCACAAGUCAUGGACUCGUACAUACCUGUUAUGAUCUAUAUGGUGGAAGUAUUGCUUCAAAACUACUGACCUCCAUCAACCGUCUGUGUGUGUACUAUCUCAAGUGGGCUGGCCAUUCCAUCAGCGUAAAAGAGUUCAUUACACCAGCCCGUGUUAGUGCCAGACGUAGAGCAUCCCUGGCUCAUCUUGUUAAGAGAGCUCCUAGUGAAGUGAGCAGAAAGCUAGGCAUCGCAGAAGAAACACUUGAGGACUAUUAUGAAAAGUCUCACAUGUACAACAAUGAGAAGGACAUGGCAGCUAUUGAUGCUGCUUACACAUCUGUUCUUGGUCCUGCUACAUCUGAAGUCACCAGAGAAAACGAGCAAGGACUGUUGCGGCGUAGUCUGGAUAAUCACAUGAGAAUGAUGGUAGACACUGGAGCCAAGGGCUCAAAGGUAAACAUGAACCAGAUGGCAUCUUUAUUUGGUUCUGUAGCUAUUGAUGGCAAAAGGAUGCCUCUCAGCAUUACUGGUAAAUCCCUUCCCUCCUUCAAAGCAUAUGAUCUUAAUCCACGUGCAGGAGGCUACAUACCAAAUCGCUUCAUGACUGGCAUCGAUCCUCAGUCAUAUUUUUUCCUGUGCAUUGUGGGGCGUGAUAGUUUGCAGCACACUGCUGUAAAGACUGCAGACAGUGGCUAUCUACAGCGUUGUCUUAUCAAACAUCUUGAGGGCAUUCAUGUAAAAUAUGACAUGACUGUUCGUAACAGUGAUGGUCUUGUUCUGCAGUUUGAUUAUGGUGAAGAUGGAUUAGAUGUUACCAAGGUACCAUUCCUGAAAAACCCAGAAACUUUACACGUACUAGUGACUAACUACAGCCGACUCCUUACUGACCGAUCCCUGUCUAUUGCCAAGUCUGUUGGAGAUAAAGAACUAGUUGAUGCAUACACAGAGAAGUUAAGGAAAUGGCACAAGAAAAACAGGAAAAGACACAGUGCUCGUCGUAGUGGUUUCCUCAAGUUCAGCAAGAAAAUGAGAAAUGCCGUUGAAAGCAGUGGCUUCAGUGCAGCCACUGGCCGAGCCAAUUCCUCCCAAGAACUUCAAGAUAUGUGGCAUAAUCUGACAUCUGAAGAAAAGGAAAAGUACAGCAAGAAUUGUCAAAGAUGUCCAGACCCAGCUAAUUCAGUGUUUUCUGGUGCCUCCAAUCUUGGUGUAGUGUCUGAAGCUUUAGAUGAUCUGAUCAACUCCUACUAUGAUGAGAUGUACUCAAAGCACUCGCCACAGCUGCAGAAGCUGACACGGGAGCAGGUGGCCACAACAGUACACAUGAAGGCUCUUAUUUCCAAGGUGGAUCCAGGAGAAGCAGUGGGAGCUUUAUGUGCACAGGCUAUUGGUGAACCAUUGACACAGAUGACUCUAAACACAUUUCACUUUGCUGGAAGGGAUGAACUUAAUGUUACAUUGGGUGUACCUCGUAUGACUGAAAUUUUAAGAACAGCCUCCGAACGAAUAUCCACUCCGAUCAUGGAAGUACCAUUUCACAAGCACAUUAGCAGAAGUGUAGCUGAAGCCCUACGCAUCAGGCUCUCAGAAGUAUCUUUGCUUACAUUAAUAAAUGGAUUAAAUGUGAAUGCAGCGCUCGAGAAGAAGAGAGGUCAAACUUACCGCCGAAUCAAAAUCAAAUUAACGUUCCUUCCUCAUCAUGAAUAUAAGCACAUGUAUGCUGUUAACCCAUCACAAGUAUUGAACUAUGUUGAACUCCACUUUAUACCAAAGAUUUUGCUAAAGGAACUGCAAAAAUCCUUUGAUAAGUCACACCAACUAUGUUCUGUUACCAGUGACCCAGAUCAGAUAGACGCAGGUGAUGAUAAAGUUAAUGUUGAUAAUGAUGGACUGGAUGCUGCUGAGGAGACCAUGAAGUCCAAGGCAAAACUUAAAGCCACUUAUAGUAAUGAUAGCGAAGAUGACGACGAUGAUGACGACGAUGAAGAUGGUGUAGAGGCUAAUGAAGAUGAUGCAGUAGAUUCUUCAAGAAAAAAGAAGAGACAGGAACAAGAUUAUUCAGAAAAUGAGGAAGAAUCGGAGGAUGAGGACAAUAUUAGCCAAGGUGAAUGUGUGUCGGAGGAUGAAGGACUAGGUGAAGAAGCAGGAUCAGAUGAGGAGCUAAUGCAAGGACCCAAGGUUGAAAACAUCAGAAAACGCAAAAAUUGUAUCACACUGCAGGAAUUUAUGCGCCGCAAGGCAGCCGUCUUGGGACUUAACUCUUGGAUUGUUGACUAUGAUUUUGACCGAGAUGAAGAACUGUGGUGUGAAGUUACAUGUAUCCUACCUGUAAGUGGUGGAAACUAUGACAUUCCUACCAUUAUACGUCAGAAGUCGGAGCGAGCCUUGAUCCAUUAUGUCCCAAAUAUUCGACGAGUCUUUGUCGUUGAAAAAGGGGAUACAUUGCUGCUGAGGACAGAAGGUGUUAAUGUACUUAAAAUGUUUGAAUAUGAGAACCUGCUGGAUGUAAACCGUCUCUACACAAACAACAUACAUCAGGUAGCUGGGAUGUAUGGUAUUGAAGCUGCCGAACGUUCAAUCAUCAAAGAACUACGUGCUGUUCAAUCUGCAUAUGAUAUUAAGGUUGACUUUCGCCACUUAUCUCUCCUUGCCGACUACUUUACAUGCGAAGGUGUAUACAAGGCUUGCUCCCGGUAUGCUCUAGCUUCUUGCCUUUCUCCACUACAAAAGAUGUCUUUUGAAACUUCCAUUCCAUUCCUUAAAACAGCUAUUUUAAGAGGAGAAGAAGACCGUAUGGCUUCGCCAUCUGCAAAUGUUGCUCUUGGACAACCAGUUAAAUUAGGCACAAAUUCUAUGCAUACAUUAGAAGUUAUUAGAUUUUAAUUUUGCAAUAUAUUUCUGUAAAUUAUACAAUUACAAGCAUACAGAUUU